AUGGGCUACGAGGACAACAACAUCAACGGUCAUGACCCCAAGGUCAUCUCCGACUCCGAUAAUGAGAAGACCAGCUACGCCGCCCCACCGGCUUUCGACAAUGAAAUGCUGGGCGAGAUGACCGACGCGGAGCGUCAUGGCAUCCAGAAGUUCAGCCGCCUGGGUUGGAAACGCCUCACCAUUGUCCUCAUCGUCGAAGCUAUUGCACUCGGCAGUCUGUCCAUCCCUCAAACCUUUGCCUACCUGGUUGCCAACUAUCCCGACGCCGGUCGUCUGAUGUGGGGGCGCUUUGGAUACGAGUUGAUCAACUUCAUGCUGUGUCUCCAGCUGAUCUUCUUGACCGGAUCGCACUGUCUGACUGGAACUAUUGCCUUUAUGAAUAUCACCGAGAGUACUAUCUGCUCUGUGGUCUUCGCGGUGGUCUCAGCUAUUAUCCUGUUCGCCCUAGCUGUGCCGCCCAGUUUUACCGAGGUCGCCAUUCUUGGGUACAUCGAUUUUGCUUCAAUCGUCAUCGCCAUCGGCGUUACCAUUAUCGGUACCGGAGUACAGGCCUCAAACGCACCCGGUGGGCUGGCUGCUGUUAACUGGUCUGCAUGGCCUAAAGAGAAUUUAACCUUCACUGAAGGUUUUAUCGCCAUCUCAAACAUCAUCUUUGCCUACAGCUUUGCUAUGUGCCAAUUCUCCUUCAUGGAUGAAAUGCACACCCCUAAGGACUUUGUCAAGUCGAUCUGGACUCUCGGUAUCACAGAAAUUGUGAUCUAUACCCUCACCGGCGCCCUUAUCUACGCAUUCGUCGGGCAGGACGUGUCAAGCCCGGCUCUUACAUCGGCAGGAACCACUUUAAGUCGUGUCGCUUAUGGCAUUGCCUUACCGGUUAUCUUCAUCAGUGGAUCGAUCAAUACAGUUGUCUUUGGGCGCUUAGUUCACGGUCGGAUCUUUGCCAACUCCCCGAUCCGAUACAUCAACACUAAAAUGGGAUGGAUCACCUGGCUGGCUGUCAUUGCGGCUGCCACAGUCAUUGCCUUCAUCAUUGCCGAAGUUAUCCCAUUCUUCAACGAUUUACUGUCAAUCUCCUCGGCCCUCUUUAUCUCCGGAUUCACCUUCUACUUCCCGGCCCUGAUGUGGUUCCUCCUCAUCCGGAAAGGUGGCAUGUUCGAGCGCAAGAAUCUGUUACUGACUGUGGUCAAUGGGUUCAUUUUCGUUCUCGGAAUGAUUAUUCUCGUGGCCGGUACCUAUUCCAGUAUCGACGACAUUAUCGACAAAUACAAUACUGGCUCUGUCCGUGGCGUAUUUACCUGCGCAAAGCCAUCAUAG